CAGAGCAGAGCAGGCAGAGUCAAAGGACCGGCCCCCACGCCGCCACACUAAACACAGACCAUCAUGCCUCAUCCCGAUGGUUACUGGACGUUAUAGCGGCUCGGCGAGAAGUAGCCCGACUUCGAUUGGAAUAGUGUGCGCUUGUCAAACAACAGAAAACAACAAAUUAAAGUGUUUCUACUACUGUAGUGUCUAUCAUGGGCCAAACCAGGACACUGGAGUUUUCUUCAUGUUUCGUAGAGAAUAACUGAGUUGUCAUUGCCUGCUGCUGGCUCGCUGCUUCGCUCUUCUAAACAAGUCGCCCUGUCCAGUCAUCUCUUGUCGGGAGCAGAGGACCCAUCGUCUGGUCGAUCGCACGAAAGGAACCAUUGUGAAUAACAGUUAAUUUUUUAAGACACCCGUAAGCCGAAAAGCGGAAACCAGAGGGGGUUUAGCGGAUUUGUGGUUCAUUCGGAUGUGGAAAUUGCUUCGUUGAGUGACUACAUUUUGGCUGUUUCAGCCCCCGGACCGGGAGACGGAUUGCAGAGCUAUCACCACCACAACCAUACCCAGCGAAAUGGGCUUCUCUGCUCUUAUAUAGACAUUCUUCUGGGGGCUUUGGGUUCGCUGCGCACACCGCUCCUCUGCUCGGGACCUUCUAGAAAUAUCUGAUGUAAAUAGCCCGUAUUCUCAACGAAACAACUGUGGCUGGGAUGUGGCGCACUGCAUAUCGAAUCGGAUAUUUCUAGGAGGACCCGACCGGAGGGUCCAUCACUAAAACCGACCGGAGGGGACCGGUCCGAUGUGGACAGCCUCGACCAUGGCCCCGCACUGAUGUGAGAGUAACUAGAACCUGAGAAGGCCAGGUCAGGGCCCAAGGAGGCCUCUGCAGUCCCCUCUCGGGCCAAACCAGACUGAAGAGCCCUCCAGUAAAUCGUACCCUGGGUCAGGAAUUAGUCUGGCUGGUUUCCGCUGGCUGCUGAUUUCCAGAGCUUCAAGUUCCCUCACAACUGGAUCGGAACAAAAUCGAGUCUUAUCAGGGGACCGGGAGAUAGCUUUUCUCGACCAGAUCUCCAGUUCUCCUUUCCAUGUUAGUCUGUCUCUGGAUGUUGCAGGCAGCAGGAUGGACGUGGGCGUUGAGUGGACAGUUGGUGUCUUUUUGAAGGGCACUCCCCUCCCCUCCUUCGACUGCCCCUCUUCCCUGGUCUCCAAGGGAAAGCCCCUUCCUCUCUCUAGGGGCCAGGCUGCCCCCGAGCAAUACAGAAAAGGGCCCCAUAAAAACUCUAGCUUUUUUGUUGACUGAACAACGUUCUUGCAGACAUACGGUUGGGUCUACCCCCUCGCUGCCAGCAUCGGUCACCUGAUGUUUAUGUGUCCCGCCCCGCCCUUUGGUAUCACAUUGGAAGUUGGAAUUCUCUCUUGAUAAAGAACAACCAUCUGAGAAAGGUUUACACGCGUACACUGUUUACAUAUCGCCGCUUCUCCCCCCCACUGACAACCUCCUCCGAAAAUGUCUCAGAGCACUAGUGGAAGCAGAGCGGCGAAAGUCCUCCCCCAUACCCCCCCCAGCCCCGGCUCCUCCCCCGACUCCUCCCCCAGCCUGUCCCCCCAGACGCCCACUCAGAAUGUGAACGGCUCGGCCAGCUCGGACACGUACGUGGCAGACACGCCCGGCGGCCAACCCGAGGUGCGACGCCGGCGCCACACCAUGGACCGAGACUCCAAGACGGCGGAGCACCGCUUCUUCCGCCGUAGCGUCAUCUGUGACUCCAACGCCACGGCCUUGGACCUGCCUAGCAAGGCGGCGGUGAUCCUCACCUCCCCCCCGGACUGUGAACACUCCGUCUGCCUCUUCCCCCCCCUGCCCCGCUGGCCUGUGGCGGAAGAGGCUAAGGUGGGCUGGACGCCCGGAGCUCCCUGUUUACAAACGACAGCCCUCGCCGCCCGCCCCGGCGGAGAUGCCGCUCAGGCGCUCCCUGCACAGCCGAGCCCCGGUAGUGAUGCUACCGCGGCGGGCAUCGGUAUCACCGCGAGUAGCAUUACCGCCGACGCUAGCGCAGCUGAUUGCGCCAAAGCAGAGCUGUCCCAGGCCCUGCUGGAUGAGAAGGAUGCUGAGAAACAACCCUGUGUGACAGCGCCCCCCGGAGUAGCGGAGGGGAAGUGCGAGGAGGCCAACAGUGGAAAGGGCCCCGAGGCCGGGGGGGUCGGGAGCGUCAGCAGCCCGCUGGAGGAGGAGCAGGCCAAGGCCCGGGCCGAGGCCAGGGAGGCUGAGAAACGGGUGCAGGACGACAUCGAGGAGGUGGAGACAAAGGCGGUGGGGACCUCGACGGACGGACGCUUCCUGAAGUUUGACAUUGAACUGGGCCGAGGGUCCUUCAAGACGGUGUACAAGGGACUGGAUACGGAGACCACUGUGGAGGUGGCUUGGUGUGAACUACAGGACCGUAAGCUGUCCAAGUCGGAGCGGCAGCGGUUCAAGGAGGAGGCGGGCAUGCUGAAGGGCCUGCAGCACCCCAACAUCGUGCGCUUCUACGACUCCUGGGAGGGGCCCUCCAAGGGCAGGAAGUGCAUCGUCCUGGUGACCGAGCUGAUGACGUCGGGCACGCUCAAAACCUACCUGAAGCGCUUCAAGGUGAUGAAGAUCAAGGUUCUGCGGUCGUGGUGCCGUCAGAUCCUCAAAGGCCUCCACUUCCUGCACACGCGGACCCCCCCUAUCAUCCACCGGGACCUGAAGUGUGACAACAUCUUCAUCACCGGCCCCACAGGCUCCGUGAAGAUCGGGGACCUGGGCCUGGCCACGCUCAAGAGGGCCUCCUUCGCCAAGAGCGUGAUAGGCACCCCGGAGUUCAUGGCUCCGGAGAUGUACGAGGAGAAAUACGACGAGUCGGUGGACGUGUACGCCUUCGGCAUGUGUAUGUUGGAGAUGGCCACCUCGGAGUACCCCUACUCGGAGUGCCAGAACGCAGCGCAGAUAUACCGACGGGUCACCAGCGGAGUGAAGCCUGCUAGUUUUGACAAGGUAGCCAUUCCCGAGGUGAAGGAGAUCAUUGAAGGCUGCAUCAGACAGAACAAGGACGAGAGGUAUGCCAUAAAGACCCUCUUGAACCACGCCUUCUUCCAGGAGGAGACGGGGGUCCGUGUGGAGCUGGCAGAGGAGGACGAUGGGGAGAUGAUUGCUAUUAAACUGUGGCUGAGGAUAGAGGACGUCAAGAAGCUCAAAGGCAAAUACAAAGACAACGAAGCCAUUGAGUUCUCCUUUGAUCUGAUUAAAGAUGUUCCUGAGGACGUGGCUCAGGAAAUGGUUGAGUCUGGCUAUGUUGCCGAAGGGGAUCACAAGACCAUGGCCAAGGCCAUUAAAGACCGUGUGUCUCUGAUCCGGAGGAAGAGAGAGCAGAGGCAGCUGGUCCGAGAGGAGCAGGAGAAGAGACGGCAGGAGCUCCAGCAGCAGCAGGAAGCACCGAAGAACCCUAACCCCAACACGCAGACACAGUUGGAGACGGAGGAGAGUGACGCUGACCUUCAUCAACGCCUCCUCUACCAGCAGAGCAGCCUCUCACUCAUAUCGGAGGGGGUGUUGGACAGCGGCCAGGGUUCCACCGUGUUCUCCUCCGAGAGCCCCCACCCGGCCCAGCCCAACAUGUCCUACAGCAGCCCCCCCUCCACCCCUUACCCCCCCCAGCCCCAGCCCCCUUACCCCCCCACCCCCUCCACUGCCCAGCAGCAGCACCCGGGCUACCCCCAGCCCCCCCAGCAGAUGCCCUCCUCCCACUGUCGCCGAGGCCGUAGCAUGUCGGUGUGCGUCCCGUCCUCCUCCUACUCCUCCUCCUACUCCUCCUUCCCCCAUGUUCCUCUGCACCUGGCUGCCCCCCCAAAGCCAGCGUCCACUCCUCCUCCAGACCCCUCCCACGCGCCUCCCUCCCGCGGCUCCCUCCCCAACGAGAGGGACUCGUUCGCGGGCCGCCUCUCCACGGCUCUGGAGACCGUGCUGCCCCUCCACUCCCCCCCUGCCGUGCCCCGGCCCCGGCAGAGGAGGGCCAGCCUGCCCGCCCUCUGCUGCGUCCCCCAGCCGUCACUGCAGCACCACCACUACUGCAGCGGAGGAGGAGGAGGAGGAGGAGGAGGAGGAGGAGGAGGAGGAGGAGGAGGCCCCUCCCUCCCUGACCCCCCCACUUAUUUCUUCCCCUCCAUCCCCGAGCGCCCCAUCUCCUUCUCCCCUCCCCCCUCCGCUCCCCCGAAGGCCUACAACACCCAGCGACGCAAAAGCACGUCCAUCCUGGAGGCCCACACCCGGCACUUCCAGCCCGCCUACCCCCGCUACGGCGGCGGGCUGCACCCCUACUCCGGGCUGGAGGCCGCCGAGCCCCCCCCGCUCUACAUGGUCAACCCCGGGUUCGCGGCCACGGCCCAGCGGCUGGGGGUGGGGGAGCACCACCCGGGCCACUCUGAACCCAGCAUGUUGGGCUACAAGGACAUCCGGGCGGAGCAGGAGGAGGUGGUGAGGAGGCUGAGCCUCAACCAGGCAGCCCUCCUGGACCAGUACGAGGCCAUGGCGUACGGCGGCUACCAGAGGGCCGCCAGCCAGCUCAGCCAGUUGAACUUCCACCAGCAGAUGCAAGCGGCGGCGGCGGCUAGUAUGGGCUACGACCCUGUACCCCCUUCCCCCGCAGCCUUCCUGCACCCCCACAUGAUGCAGAGAAUGGGCGCCCACAGCCCCCUUCCUCAGCCCCCCAGCAACGCCCCCCCCGCUGCCUUUGCUCCUCCCUCGUCAGAGGGCUGCUAUCAGCCCCCGCACCCCUCCUCUUCCUCCUUCCCCCUGUCCGCUCCACCGGUCAUGAGCGAGGCCCAGCCCCCCCCCGGGAGUGUGUUUGAGUACCACCUCGCCGCCGCCGCCGCCGCUGCCGGGGACCCCACCCUCCUGGCCUCCAGACUCUACCGGGCCCGCCGGAGCUCCAUGGACCUCCAGCUGGAGGAGAGCCCGGGCUCCGGGUCGGGCAGCUCGGGCUCCUACAGCCGGCUGCAGCCCGUGACCGAGGAGCUGUACUCGUACACCAGCCCCGAGCUGCCCCUGCCUCCGGGGAGCCUGCUCCUGCACCACGGGGGCGCCGCCCGGGACAGGAGCCCCGAGCCGUCCAGCGACUCGGUGGCCUCCUCGGACGCGGGGGAGUACCAGUCGCCCCCGCCCCCUCCUCUGCCCCCUGCGGCCGACGGCCCCUCCGCCGCCCAGUCCAUCCCCCACCCGUCCUCCUACGGCCGGCACCCUGAGGGCAGGGGGCCGGCCGAGCUCCAGGGCCACCCGCCCUCCAAGCAGAGCUUCCUCCUCCUCACGCCCUCCUCCGAGCGCCCUGCGGGGGGGGCAGCCUCCACGCCGCUGGGGUCCCUCAUCCAGAGCGCCUGGGUCCGCCACGGGGGCGUGCUACCGGCCCAGCCCGACAUGACGUACCAUGAGUCAAUGCUGGCUCUGCAGGCGGCUAACCCCCCUCUGCAGGCACCGACCCCCACCCCCCAGCCCUCCCCUGGACAGCCCCCGGCCGCAGCCCCCCCCCAGCCCGCACCCCCUGGGACCCUGCAACAGACUGCUCCACCAAUUCAGCCCAGCAGCAGUGCGUCAAUGCAGAGCACCUCCCACUCUCCUGCACAGCCUAACGCCACUUCAUCCUACUCUUCUGCCGUUGCCAUGGCGCCUCUUCCUGCUCCGUUGCCCACCCUUCCUGUUGCCAUGCCCACAGGGGGGGUCGCCUCCCCUCCCAGCACUCUUCCACUUCCUAUUGUCGGGGGGCCGGCUCUAGCUCCCCCUCCUCCUCCUCCUCCUCUGUCCGCCCCCAAAGGGCCUCAGCCAUUGGCCAGUGUGGUGCCCGUCAUCAGCGUUGUCCCCGCCCCCCCUGACCCUCCCGCGGAGGCCCCUCUCACGGAGGCCCCUCCCCAGGUACAGGUGAAGGACAGCCCCCCAGCACUGCUGCCUCUCUUACCUGCCUCUCAGAAUCCUGAGAAGUCCCAAUUUCAACUUCAACCAACUCAAGUGCAGCAGUCAUCUGUGGAGAGUGGCUACUCGGAGGCGUCCGGUCUGAGCGAUGGGAACGAGGGCGGCGGCGGCGGCGGCGGGCGUGACGAGGGCCGCUCGCUGAAGCGCCAUCAGCGGCGCUCGGUGCGGAGCCGCUCGCGCCACGAGAAGACGGGCAAGGCCAAGCUCAACGUCCUCAACAUCUCUAACCUGGGAGACAGGGUGGCAGAGUGCCAGCUGGAGACACACAACAGAAAGAUGGUGACCUUCAAGUUUGACCUUGAUGGGGACAACCCAGAGGAGAUAGCGAAGAUCAUGGUCCUGAGUGAGUUCAUCCUGGAGAGCGAGAGGGAGUCGUUCAUUGAGCAGGUCAGAGAGGUGAUAGAGAAUGCAGACGAGAAAGGUCUAGAACGAGAAAACAGUCACCAGGCGCCAGGAGACCCAGUGCAGCAGAUGUCCGUCCCCAUGCCAGACACGCCAGCUAGUGCAACGUCCCAGGUGGUCCAUUCAGCGGGUCGCAAGUUCAUUAUCAGUCCUGUACCUGAGUCCAGGCUGAAGGAACUACCACCCAGCUCCCCGCCCCCCUCCACGCCUACAUCCUCCUCAGAGACAGCUUCUACGGCCCCGUCUCCAUCUCCAGCCCAGGGCUCCGGUUUGUCCCAGUCCGCUGGGGCCAUCACCCUACAAAAAGCCUUCUCAGAGCUGAGGCAGAACCAGUACGAUCCGGGCCCCAGCACCGCACCGGCCUCACUGCCCUCCACCAAGCCCUCCUUACAGCCUGCCUCUGUCCCCGCGCCUCAGGCAGCAGGACCCAGUGGAUCCACAGCGGGUUCCCAGGACAGGCCCCGCCCUGCGCCGGGGCCCCGCCCUGCGCCGGGGCCCCAAGCAGGGCAGCAUCCGUCAAAUACCCCUCUGCCCCAGCCCCCCUCCUCCUCUUCCUCUGCGCCCCCAGUCUGCCCCACACCCAGCGCCUCCUCAUCUCCCUCUCCCCUCCCCGUCUCCGGUCCAUCCCUCGUCACGCCGGCACAGGGAGCCACACCACAGUCAGCUCAGACCACACCCCAGGCUCUGCAGCAGCUCCCGGCCCAAGCACUAAUCCAGCCCCAGGCUUUGGCCCAGGCCCGGGGGGCCGCCUCGGAGACCAACCCCGAGGGUUCUGCUGCGUUCUGUGCCGCUCCUGUCCCCUCGUCCUCUCCCCCAGCCAGUUCCUCUAGCAGCACACCGCCCUCGCUCCCCUCCGCCCCCCUCCCCUCCCCCUCCUCCCCCCCUCCUCCUACGCCCUCCUCCUCUUCCCCUGCUCUGGGGAGCGGUAGUGGCGGCGUGGAGCCUCUCUCCUGCCGCUCUCCGCCCUGCUCCAGCCCCCCUGCCUCUCUGUGCCCCUCGCUGGGGACCACCACAGCCGCCCCUGGGCCCCCGCUCGUUCCCUCCACCUCCGCCCAGUCCUCGCACUCCUCCACCUCCCCCGCCGGCUCCCCUUUCUCCUCCUCUCUGACCUCUGGCGCCGCACCGGGCGUCCAGCCCCCGGGCGUCCAGCCCCCGGGCGUCCAGCCCCCGACCGCCGCUGUGCCUGGGCACGCCCACACCCACGGGGAGCCGUGUGACGCCAGGUGUGAGGCGGCCGUGGACCCCCAGGGCAAGGUGGACGACAUCCACACGCUGGACAAGAAGCUCCGCUCCCUGUUCAGCGACCUGGGCGGGGCCGCCCCGGCAGCCCAGGGGGAGCUCCCGGCCGGAGACCCCGCGGCGGGGGCCCCACCCGGGGGCCCCUUCUCUACCUCCACGACCUCCACGACCUCCGUGACCUCGCCAACCUCCGGCCAGUCGGCCGGUGCGCCGGUACCCCCCCCCAGCCUAGCCUUGGCCGCUGGGGGGCCGUCAACCACGGCCCAGGGUCCUGGAACUCCGACCUCCGCCCCCGCCCAGAACAGUAUGCCUGCUGCAACCUAUGGCCCGACCACUCCAUCCAAAACCCCUCUGUCCAGAGUCUCGGCCGGUAUUCCCCCUUCUGCAGAGCUGCAGUCAUCCUACCCCGGACCCUGUCUAUCACAGUCCCAGCAGCCUCUGGAGGACUUGGACGCCCAGCUCAGGAGAGCUCUGAGCCCGGAGACCGUGAGCACACACACACAGGCUUCUCUCACCGGCAUGUCUUCCGGAGGACAACCAAGUCCCUUCCCCUCUGAGGGAGAGGAGGGAGAGAUCACCCUCAUCCCUCCUGCUGCGAUCAAACUGGGAAGAUUCCAGGUCUCCUUGGCUCCCGACGAGACUCCCUUAAGAUACCCACCCUGCCCAGAGUCCUCCUCCACCAGCUCCUCCUCCUCCUCCUCCUCCUCCUCCUCCACCCCCUCCUCCUCCACCUCCUCCCCUGGCUGCAGCCCGGAGAGCACCCUGCACCAGGCCUCCUCCACCCCGCUGAGGAGGGCCGUCCCGCGGGGGGAUGUGGUGGACGGGCUCCCCUCCCCCAUCGCCCAUCGGACCGCCGGAGGCUCUCUCCCUCCCUGCCCCGUGGCCUCCCCCCUGCCCUGCACCACCAUCGGUCGGUUCCAGGUCACCGCUGCUCCCCAGCCCAGGGUAGGGCCGCUUCCAGCCGGCGGUGCCCAGGAGCAGAGCUCUGCGGUCGGGCACGACCCAGCACCCGUUGCCCAGGCUACCAACGGGCCUUGUGGACCGGACCAGAGCAGUCCUGCUGAGCUUAGUCCAGACCUGACGCAGCAUCAGUCCUCCCUGCACAGCCUCAACAACAACUCCUUCAACAACUCCUACGUCAGCAGCGACAACGACUCAGAGUUUGAGGACGAUGAGUUCAAGCAGCAAAUCCACCGGCUCAGAGAGAAGCACAUGCGUGAGAUCCAAGCCUUGCAAAGUCGCCAGAAGGAGGAGAUAGACGGCCUCUUUACAAGACUGGGAAAGGUCCCUCCCACUGCAGUGUUCUCCCCAGUGGCCUUGGCCAGUAGGCGGAGACGUACCAAGAGCAAGUCAUCCAGGUCCUCCCGAAACACCUCCACCCAUGGCAGUAGGAGUCCUCUGCAGCCAGGCAGCACUUUAUCCGCCCAGAGUGUCCCCAGCGUGUUCCCCGGCCGGCUGGCCCUGCUGACCCCCGCGGGGCUUGCCGACUCAGGCAGCAGCUCCCUGGUCCAGCCCCUGAAGCCCUCUCCCUCCAGUGACAACCUGUACUCGGCCUACACCAGUGACGGGGCCAUCUCCGUGCCCAGCCUGUGUGCUCCCACCCCAGGCUGUGUAAAGUUCAGCUGGGGUUCGGAGCGUCUGGCCUUCAAGCCUGGUGGCAGACGGACGCGCUUUCUGAGUACGCCCUGCUUGGCUCUUUGGAAGAUGGUGAAAAAAGUCUGCCCCUGCAACCAGCUCUGCAGGACCAGCAGCACAAACGCGGUGGGCGGCCUGGGCCAGAGCCAGAGUGGUUCCCAGUCCCUGCCGGCCAGCAUGUCAGCCGCCACCCACCAACGCAAAGGCACCUUCACGGACGAUCUCCACAAGCUGGUGGACAACUGGGCCCGCGACGCCAUGAACCUCUCCCAGGGCAAGAGGAGCACCAAACAGCCACCGGCCCCCCCUCCGACACACAGCUACGAUGUCAACCAGUCCGCCCACCUGACCAGGAAGUACUCGGCUCCUGGCCAAUUGUGCGGCAGCAGCAUGGGAGGCUCCGCCCACACCCCCACGUCCCUGGCCAGCCGCAAGAGCUCUCUGUGCCCCCCCCCUCCCCCCGCCUCGGGCACCCCUCCGCCCCCCACCUUCCCCCCCCGCCCCCCCGCGGCCUACAGCGCCCAGUGGUCCGGGCCGGCCCCUAGGGCCCCGCCGCAGCCCGGGCCCCUCCUGGUCAGCGCCUCCCAGCCGCUGGGCCCCUACCCCCCCACGGCCCCCGGCCACACCCCCCAGGGCUUCCACCCGGCCGCCCCCCUGCAGAAGUCGCUCAGCACCCCCGGGGGGCCCAACCUGAGGACCACAUGAGGCCGGGGGCUGCCGAUCACCGCGGGACCGGAGGGGGGGUGGGGGGGCAGAGGGAGGAGG